CAGUGUUCCAAUGUAACUAUCGCUAAUUAUUUUUUUUUUAAAUUGUUUGGAAAUAGCAAAGUGCUACUUGUACUUAUUGCCCUAUAACUUGCAAAAAAAGCAAAGAACAUGUAAACAUUGAGUAUUUCUAAACUCAGGACAAAAUUUAGAAACUAUGAGAUCGAUCCAGGCAGCCGGGGAGAGAGGAGGAGGGAGCCUCACAUCCCGGGUUGCUGCUGCUGGGGAGGCAUGCGAGCCGCUGGGUUUAUUAUCUGUAUUUACCGAGUGGUUACAACGGUCUAACAGCGCACGGACAGAUGCUGCUGGGAACCGCAAGCUGAGACUCUGGCACUGGAUAACGUCCACUUGUAGCUUGGAAUCUGACAUUGCAAACCUGACCCAGCUGUCUUUUCAUAGUGUUCAGUGACAUAACUUCGGACUGGUCACAAUGAAUGUCACAAGCUUGUUUUCCUUUACUAGCCCAGCAGUGAAAAAGCUGCUUGGGUGGAAACAAGGUGACGAAGAAGAAAAAUGGGCUGAGAAAGCUGUAGAUGCUUUGGUAAAAAAGCUGAAAAAGAAAAAAGGAGCAAUGGAAGAACUAGAAAAAGCCCUAAGUUGUCCAGGGCAGCCUAGUAACUGUGUUACCAUUCCCCGCUCCCUGGAUGGGCGAUUACAAGUUUCUCAUCGCAAGGGCCUUCCACAUGUCAUUUAUUGCAGAGUCUGGCGCUGGCCGGACCUACAAAGUCACCAUGAACUGAAACCCUUGGAAUGCUGCGAGUAUCCCUUUGGUUCUAAGCAGAAGGAAGUUUGUAUAAACCCAUAUCACUACAAGAGAGUUGAGAGUCCUGUUCUUCCUCCAGUGCUCGUCCUAAGACACAGUGAAUACAACCCUCAACACAGUCUUCUGGCUCAAUUCCGCACCUUGGAGCCAAGUGAGCCCCACAUGCCUCAUAAUGCCGCUUUUCCAGACUCUUUUCAGCAGCCAAAUAGCCACCCGUUCCCUCACUCGCCUAACAGCAGCUACCCAAAUUCUCCUGGAAGUAGCAGUACUUAUCCAUACUCCCCAGCUAGCUCUGAACCUGGGAGCCCUUUCCAAAUUCCAGCGGACACACCUCCUCCUGCUUACAUGCCACCGGAAGAUCAGAUGACCCAGGACAACUCUCAGCCAAUGGACACAAAUAUGAUGGUGCCUUCCAUCCCUUCAGAAAUCAAUAGAGCUGAUGUUCAGGCUGUAGCCUAUGAGGAGCCAAAGCACUGGUGUUCUAUUGUCUACUAUGAGCUCAACAAUCGUGUAGGAGAAGCUUUUCAUGCCUCCUCAACAAGUGUGUUGGUGGAUGGUUUCACUGAUCCUUCAAACAACAGGAACAGAUUUUGCCUUGGGCUCUUGUCCAAUGUGAACCGCAAUUCCACUAUUGAGAACACCAGGCGGCAUAUUGGAAAAGGGGUGGGGUGCUGAGUAUCACCGUCAGGAUGUAACAAGCACCCCCUGCUGGAUUGAGAUUCAUCUUCAUGGCCCUCUUCAGUGGCUGGAUAAAGUACUUACUCAGAUGGGCUCACCCCAUAAUCCUAUUUCUUCAGUCUCUUAAUUGAGCAGGACACUAAUG